AAACAAGCGCGAGUUCUGAUCUCACUUGCGAUUCUAUUCUCUGUUUGCGGGUGCGUUCAUGGAUGGUCCUGGUUGUCGCGUAAGGCGGCAUGGGUGCAACCUCGAGCAACCAACGGAAGAACGAUCGAGUCGAAGAAGGCAGACCGGACCCCGACUAUGGAGUUUCCGCGCGAGUUCAUCAGUGGAGACAAAAAGGAGUUCUUCGUACCAGAGAUUCCGAACCACACAAAUCGUUCCAUUGCAAUCGCUGCACUUGCAUUCUUGCUCCUGUUGCCGGUUCCCGCAAGCCAUGCCGCAGUGCCCGCUGCCCGGGAUGAGAGCAGCUAUAAUUGCCCCAAAUACUUCGAGUCGCAGACGCUUGGGAUUCAAAACGUGGUGCGGCAACCUCCCGCGUCAUCUCCACCCGCGGCUCUACUGUCGAAUGCAAGAGGGAACACGUCGAAAACAUCGGGAUCUCUUUCUUCGUACUGCCCUGCCUCUCAGGAUGGAGGAAAAGAAUACAACCGCGACGAGGAAGAAUAUUCUGUCCGUGGACUGAUCUACCUGCCGUCGAACAAUCGCAUGGGUUCUUCCAUGGACAACGGAAAGAGCAGAAACCAGCAGAACCCCGCGUCGUCCUCCCUGAUCGUUACCGUCCGCACUUCCGAAAAUCCUUCCUCCUCGAUUCCGCUCAUGGGGGCCAGGAUUCCGUUGGCGCAGAUCGAAUCCUUCCCAAUCAGUUUCGUCCUCUCCGAGUCCUCGAAUAAUUUCUUGAUGGCGGAUCGGUCCUGGGAGCGGUCCGUCUUGGACGCAUCGAACGACCUGUACGUCACGGCUAAGAUCUGUCUCGACGACGGUGCACGCGGGGAUCCUCCGCUCUUUGAAGGGAGCGGGAUCUCGAGAAAAAUCCUCGUGCCAAGCGGGUUAAGCGAAAACGAGGAGGACGGCUUUCGAGCGGUCCGGGGGGCCGCGUCGAUCCGAAUGGCCGGGGCCUCCGUCCCCGAUGCUCUGUACACGUGGUGAGGAUACAACAGUCUGCAAUCGCGGUGUGCUGGUUGGACCGAUGGAAUGAAUCGGAUUGGAUAGGAUUUUGCUGGACUGGAUUGGAAACCAUUGGAUGGCAAUUCUUUGAAGCACCGAUCACGUCGGAAUAGAGGGAUAGAUGGAUGAUUCGAAAGAUUGGACCAAAGCGUGCGGUGGAAAAGGCCGGGUGCUUUGACCGAGAUGGCGCAAACGCAGCGCAAACUGCGUGGAUGGAUCGAUGGAUCCGCUGCGAAUCGAUGGAUCCGAACGGAACGCCGCUCGCCGAACCCACGGCUUUCGUUCCGGAACGCGGGAACCACCGAUCGCGCGGGGCCGGCACGGGCGGUCGACCGAGGGACGAUCGAGAAACGGAACCCUCUGGUGAUACAGUAUUGGUUAGCUUAGGUCGGCACGCACAAGCCACGGAGAAUCUCAUUCGAUGGGAACGGACCUGAUUUUUCCCCAAGCGUCGGGGCGACGCUACUAGAAAGAACAACAAUAGUAGUAAAAAACUAUCGCAGCU